AUGCUAAAAGUAAUCACUCUCAUAGUUGGAACUGCCUCAAUUGCUAAUGCAGCUAAUUAAGGAUUUGGUAACAAAAAAUAAUACUAUCUCGAUUACCCUAUCUAAUUGGAUGCAAGAGUUAAUAUUUAUCACCCAUUAGCUCCUAAAGUCUAAGGAUUUGCUGACACUUUUCAUGCUCACUAUAACAGCAUAAGCGGAGUACCUCUCGCAGGACUUCAAUUUAUUGAAGGACUUUUCGAUGGACUUUUUAACACAGAUUUUAGCGCUAUUGAAUAAUGCCAAAGUGGUGCUGCUGAUCUCUUCACGUAGUUCGACAAUGCAAUUCACGAUUUCUCAUCAAUGAGUAUUUCAGGAGUCACCACUGGCUGUAAACAUUUAUAUGAUGCAAUCAAGUAAAUUCCAUCUGAAUUCUCUACCUGUAAAGCAAUUAGUGGAAAUUUAGCAUCAGUCACAGCUUGGAUCAAGAAGUUCGCCAACCCAGCUGUAAUGGCUGCUAAGAUUUCAAAGAACAUGAUAUUCCAUGCCAUAGGUGUGUAUAAAGAUGCGAAGUCAGGCAUUUCUUCUUGGAAUUCAAAGGAUUUUAAGACAUCAGGAUAAAACUUCGGCCAUAUUCUCUAAGUGUUAACUAACUGA